AUGCCUCUGAUCCCCGCUGCGACGGAGAAGAAGAUCCAGCUCUACAGCAAGGACUACUACCUGGCUUGUGCCCUAGGUGGAGUGCUCAGCUGUGGCCUCACUCACACAGCCGUGACUCCCCUGGACGUGGUCAAGUGCAACAUGCAGAUUGACCCCACGAAAUAUAAGAGCAUCGGAUCUGGUUUCUCCAUCACUUGGAAGGAGGGUGGCUUGGGCGGGCUUGUGCGUGGCUGGAUGCCAACUCUCGUUGGCUACUCCGUUCAGGGCGCUGGCAAGUUCGGCCUCUACGAAUACUUCAAAAAGACAUACGCCGACGCCGUAGGUCCAGAGAACGCUAAGAAGUACCAGACCGUCGUUUUCCUGGCUGGAUCUGCUUCUGCGGAAUUCUUUGCCGAUAUCGGCCUGUGCCCCUUUGAAGCCGUCAAGGUCAAGGUCCAGACAGUCCCCGGCUGGGCCAAGGGCUUGAGCGAUGGCUUCCCGAAGUUCAUCCAGCAGGAGGGCGUUGCUGGGCUGUGGAAGGGAAUCACGCCGCUUUGGGGCCGCCAGAUCCCCUACACCAUGAUGAAGUUUGCCUGCUUUGAGAACACGGUGGUGGCGCUGUACAAGUAUGUGGUGCCCAAGCCCAAGGCGGAGUGCAGCAAGACAGAGCAGCUGGGAGUGUCCUUUGCGGCCGGGUACAUCGCUGGAGUCUUCUGCGCGGUGGUCAGCCACCCAGCAGACAACAUGGUGUCCAAGCUCAACUCCACCAAGGGCGCAACCGUCGGCAGCAUUGUCAGCGAAAUGGGCUGGGUGGCCCUGUUCACUCGUGGCCUGCCCCUGCGUAUUCUCAUGGUUGGAACGCUGACCGGAUUGCAAUGGGGCAUUUACGACGCCUUCAAGGUCUACGUGGGACUGUGA